AUGCCUCCACAAUCAAAUAAUUCGUCUCCUGGGGUCAACUACUGGUAUGGCAGUCACAGCCUGCCAGAUGCGUUGGAAGGAUUACCACAGGACAACCCGAACAAUCCACGCAUGAUGCGUCGAGCAUCAGAGGCCGUGGUCCAAGCAACAGGCUUUCAGAAGUACGUUUACGCCUUUCUUUACUCUGUACCAUGCUUCUCGCUCCCGACGACCCUGCUUUACCGGAACCUCGCUGACAAAAAUACCAGUCAGGAUAAUUGGGAUCAGAGUCAAGGCCAACUCCACCUCGAUCCUUCUCAGUCAACUCUUGUGAUUCGCCCGCAAUCAGCGGCUGCGAUCGCAGGACACAAAGCCCCGCUGGCCCCCAAACAGGGACUUGGAGGCGCUCUUGCGAAUGCCCGCGGCCAACACUCGUCUCCAAUAUCUGGCACCUAUGCACUGCGUACUCCUCGUGGGAAAAUCACGUCCAUAGCGUGCGAAAGCUGCCGAAAGCGCAAAUCCAAGUGCGACGGUGUUCGACCGAAAUGCAACACGUGUCAGUCGAAAAAUCUCACUUGCGUGUACGAUGUGGCCGAGGAUGGCAAGACAACAACGCAACUGCGGGCCCAUGUUAGGCGACUAGCAAAGGAAUUGGAUGAUAUGAAAUCGGUCGUGUCGUUAUUGGCCAUGGCACCAGACAGGGCUGCGGCAGCAAACUGGGCAUCGGAGAUCGAGAAGAACGGUUUCGCUCACCACUCGGUCGAUGAAAUCAAAAGGGCCCUUGGGGAUUCGAACGAGCAAACACCAGCACUCCAGGAGCAGGAAUCGUUCGGUACGCCCGGUAGUGAGCAUUUUGUGGGGCGCAUGCCGAACUUGGGCGCAUCUUCUUAUGAUGGAUCCUCACGCGAAGAAAGGCAGGUCCAUCGAGAACACAGCCAAACCGCUUUGAACUUUGCGCCCGAUUCUGUCGUUGAAGGCGUGACGCCCAUGAAUCCAUCACCGAUGAUCCUCGAGACCGCCGCGAGCGCCCUGAGCAAAUUUGGUUUCGACUGUGCGUACUACCGGAGAACAAAACAGGAUCUCCUGGCGAAUGGUUGGAGCGAGGCGCAGGUGUUCGGGAGGUCCGAGAUAGAUGUCGACUCUCUGUUGCUGGGCUUUGCCGAUCCUCAAGAUACACAUCCCGUCCCAGCGUGGUGCGCACGAACAGUGAACAGGAUUCUUCCAACUGCAAAUCUACCCGUCCGGCUUGCUUCAACGUGGAUGUUGACCAAAUCGAUGCGCUGGCUGAUCUGGCCGAGCGUGGAGAAUAUGAAUUCACAUCCGGAAUGGCUGAUGCCUCCGAUGGGCAAGCAAGAAGUAUCGCCAUAUGAUAUCUUGAUCGACCUUGUUCCUUGGCCACAAGUACGGCGACUCUUAUAUCAACAUCCUCAAGAAUUCUCGGUCGGUCAUUUGGUAGGUGCUAUAGGCAUCACAUGGCCCUAUGCGGACGAUGCUUGCCACUACUGGGAUAUCGAAGCAGGCUGCACGCGCAUGACGCCCUUGUUCGAAAGCACUGUUGCCGACUUGAACAACUGGACCCUGGAUCCCAAGAUACUAGAGAUCAUGCCUCAGUUAGAAGGCAUGGUGCCGAUAAAACCAGUGCGAGCUUAG